UCUUAAACUUAGCUUUUGUAAUUUAUUUUUAAAGCACUAAGUUCUGGGAACCACGUGAUUUCUCCCUGUAAAUAUCAGGGCUUGCUCUGCUUUUCAGCAAUCGUUGGACUCCAGCAUGACUAUGUCUCAGUUGCUGGAUUAUGCGGCAAUUUUCUUUCUCUGUGUCUUAACAGCCAGCUCUCUGGAUACGUUUACUGCAGCUGUAUAUGAGCAUGCAGUGAUAUUGCCUAAUGCCACCCUGAUACCGGUGUCCUAUGAAGAGGCCUUGCUAUUAAUGAACCAAAAUCUGGAUCUUUUGGAGGAAGCAAUCGCAUCAGCAUCAAAGCAGGGUGCACAUAUUAUUGUGACUCCAGAAGAUGGUAUUUACGGCUUUAACUUCAACAGGGAAUCCAUCUACCCAUACUUGGAGGAUAUCCCAGACCCUCAAGUGAACUGGAUCCCUUGUAAUAAUCCCGACAGAUUUGGUCGCACCCCAGUGCAAGAAAGGCUCAGCUGUCUGGCCAAGGACAACUCCAUCUACGUCGUGGCAAACAUUGGAGACAAGAAGCCAUGCAAUGCCAGUGACCCUCACUGUCCGCCUGAUGGUCGUUACCAGUACAACACUGAUGUGGUGUUUGAUUCUGAGGGGAAAUUGGUGGCCCGCUACCAUAAGCAAAAUCUUUUCUUGGGUGAAGAUCAGUUCAAUGCACCCAAGGAACCUGAGGUCGUGACUUUCAACACCACGUUUGGAAAGUUUGGCAUUUUCACGUGCUUUGAUAUUCUCUUCCAUGAUCCUGCUGUGACUCUGGUGAAAGAUUUCCACGUGGACACCAUACUCUUCCCAACAGCUUGGAUGAAUGUUUUGCCACAUUUGUCAGCUAUUGAAUUCCACUCAGCUUGGGCUAUGGGCAUGGGAGUCAACUUCCUUGCAUCCAAUUUACAUUACCGCUCAAAGAAAAUGACAGGAAGUGGCAUCUACGCACCUGAUUCUCCAAGAGCAUUUCAUUAUGAUAUGAAGACAGAGGAGGGAAAACUCCUCCUCUCACAACUGGCCUCCCACCCACACCCCACAGCAGUGGUGAAUUGGACUUCUUAUGCGAGUGGUAUAGAAGCCCCCUCAAAGGGAAACCAGGAAUUUAAGGGCAUCAUCUUUUUUGACGAGUUCACCUUCUUGGAGCUCAAAGGAGUCACAGGAAAUUACACAGUUUGUCAGAAAGAUCUCUGCUGUCAUCUAAGUUACAAGAUGUCUGAGAAGAGAUCAGAUGAAGUUUAUGUACUAGGGGCAUUUGAUGGACUACAUACUGCGGAAGGGAGCUAUUAUUUACAGAUUUGUACUCUGUUGAAGUGUAAAACAAUGGACUUACACACUUGUGGUGAUUCAGUUGAAACUGCUUCCACCAGGUUUGAAAUGUUCUCCCUCAGUGGCACUUUUGAAACCCAGUAUGUCUUUCCUGAGGUGUUGCUGAGUGGAAUUCAGCUUGCACCUGGAGAAUUUCAGGUGUCAAGUGACGGACGCUUGUGCAGCCGGAAGCCACUGUCUGGACCUAUCUUGACAGUAACUCUGUUUGGAAGGUUAUAUGAGAAGGAUAGUGCACCAGAUGCUUUCUCAGACCUCAUGGCACAGGCACUGACAGUGAUGCUCAUAGUUGUCAUACCUAUUGUGUACUCAUUAGCCUGCAGGCAUGGCAGGAGCACUUGGCUGCCGUACUGUUCUUUCUACUCAUAGCUCAGGACUUGGUAAAUUUCAACAGCCAAGGAUAAAGACUUUGUGAGCUUCCCUAGUCAUGGACUGUGGUUUCAGUACAACCUUAGAGAACCUGGGUUUCCUACAGUCAAACACUUCCCGGGUAUGGAUGCUGGAGAAGCCAAGAUCUCAACGAUCUUGUUCAUACCCCACAGGGACAUGAAUGGUGUCAAGAUCAAUGGGACUCCACGUCUGGUGGUUUUUUGACAACAGCUGACCUGGACUGAUGGGGUUCUUCAUGCACUUUUGAGGCAGGAU